AAGGCUUCCAACCAACUUUACGAUGCAGCACAAUAUACUGCUAUGUCAACAUCGCAAGCAGAUGUAAUGCAGCGUCAGGCCGUCACGCCACCCCUAAGGUUCACAGAUCAGCCUUUGACGCCUCCAUUGACCGACAAGAAGCCAUUUACGGAGGCGCCUCGCGUUAUCGCACUUUUUAGACAAAUCCACUCAGGAAGUAUCGUUGAGCGAGACACACGGACAGAGUUUCAGCUUGUAGAUGGAGAGUACGAUCAGAUAGAAAGUACGCUUCAACAAGACGAUGUGCUUUCGGGAUACGUGGAAGAGAAGAUACGGUAUGACUACGACGGAGAUACACGCAAAUUAGUCGUUCGCAUGCCUACCGAGAUACACGAACGCUUCAUCGACGCAGUGGAGGAUGAUAUUCGAAGCCAGCUGAAAACAAUACAGAACGGAUCAGGCAAGAAGUCUGAAUUCGCGCAGAAACUGCAUUCAGCUCGAUCGACUGAAAUACGGUUCGACGCCAGCGCUUUGUCUAGCAGAUCGAAGUACGAGCCAGACGCGUCAUUUAGGCAUAAAGGCGCCAAAUAUCCAGGCGUUAUCGUCGAAGUCGCAUACUCGCAGAAGAAGUCGUGCCUAGGCCGAUUAGCUGAGAAUUACAUCCUGGAUUCCGACGCCAGCGUGCGGGCUGUCGUAUGCGUACAUAUUGAGUAUGGCAACAAGGAAUCACGCAAAGCAACAUUAUCGGUCUGGCGACCCGAACUGGUCACUACUGAUGACGGAUUUGAAUUGCGAGCUGUAGAAGAGGUCGCAGAUGAGGCUUUCCGUGACGAAGAAGGAAAGGCCGUAAAUGGGCCUGGCCUACGGCUCCGCCUCAGCGAAUUCACCUACGAAGGACUUGCCCAGAAAGAGAUGGGCAAGGAAGACACAUUCAUCUGCAUUCCUGGGUCAAAACUCUGCGAAUAUCUUAAUGCGGCAGAUAGCAGAGAAGAGCAAGUACUGGGCAAGCAUGUAUUUGCCAAGGAGGUCAAGAAGCGGAAACGGUCAGCAACCCCACCCGAAGAGAUUGGAGCAGGUGAUGAAGCAAGAUACGCCGAGGAUGAGGAGAGAGCGGCGAAGCGCGCGGAUUAUGACAUAGAUUAUCAGGAUAAAUCAUCAACCAAGAGCCUCUCAGACUAGAUAACUAUUGUUGUUUAUGAAGGCUUCAAUUGCGUCACAGCAACGCAUGAAGAAUCGUGACUAUGCUGUCCGCCUCUCCUGUAGUUCACGGUGUCGUGUUGCCUUAUGCAUCUCCAUUUGCUUCAUCGUGCCCUGCCCCUGAUCACCUUUCCAGUGGCAUCUCUAA